UGGCAGUGCAGCGCCCCUCUGCAGGCUGCUGCUGCUGCUGAUGAGGGAGGCGGGAUACGACGCGGCGUUCGCGGCUCUACAGAGCAGCAUCGGCGGGGCUCAGAGAGGCGCUUUGUGCGGUUAAUCCGCUCUGAUGUCACGGCGCGGAGGGAGGGGCUGAACUCUCCGCUUUAAUCCGAGCAGGUUGUCGGGAGGGACAAACCGAGCCGAGCCGAGCCGGUCGACAACCCGCAGGAACGGGGGCGAUGUUCGCUCCAGCCGCCGGAGCUGGGCCUCUCCUGUACUGAGGCGGCGUCUGCGACAGGCGGAUUUGGCGUGACAGUAUUGUUUUGAAGAUGGAAAUGUUCUGGGAACUGGAGUGAGACACCUUAGCAAUGAGUAGUAUCAGGGAGUAUCAGGAGGAGGCAUCAGGAGGCGCAGAUGAGGAGCAGCUGUCCACGGCCCCUGCGCCUUCGAAGAGCCGGCAACACAACGGGACUGCUGGCGAAGCGGCUGCUCGUCGGUCCUGGAGGCCAUGUCAGAUGCUUCAUCAAGACGGGGAGAUGAAUCCGCAUCACCAUCAUCAUCAUCAUCACCGUCCCCACCACAAUGCUGCUGGGCGGGGGCCCCCUCGGCACCGCCGGCGGCCUGCGUCAGGGCAAAGUCAGGGUCAAAUUCACAGUCCUGGUCAGGAACCGCAGCCUGUGUCACCGAGAAAUGAAGGUCAGGGCGCAGAGUCCCGCCCUGUCCAGCAACUCCGCCCAGGAGUAACCCGCUACCGUCGCCAUGGUGACCCCAACCCCAGACUCAGAAGUCACAGACAGCGGCAGCAAUUCAGAGAGAUCCAGGAGCCUUCUCCAAGUGUGGAUGACAGAGAAGGUCCAGUGGAGGUGCAGGCCAGACCCUGUUCCUCAGCUGAUCCUGUAGUGGACCUAUCACAGAGCAGGGGAUCUCCUCAAACUCUCCUCUCAGUCAGUCCACCUCAGUAUGCCUCUGCUGAUACAGGAAAGGAUGUGCAUGAGCCUAAAGUGGAGCAUGAAGACGAACCAGAUGAAGUCAAAGAGGACGAAGAAAAACCCCCUUGUUCUGCAGAACAGCCCAGCUGCAGCCCAAACCCAGCAGAAGAACAAGCUGAGAGGGAGGAGGAGGAGGACCAAGAAGGCGUUAUGGACAAUGCAGAGGAGGAUCCUGCAGCUCAGGGACGAGAACUCACCGACCUCUGCUCCGACACCGAAAGCGCUGCCUCUCUCAGCAUGGACGGACCUCUCCACAGCCCACCCCCACUCCACUCUCCAACUCCUCCCUCCUCCCCCGACGUCCCCCCUUUCCCACAGCUGGACCACUUUAGUGAGGAUGUCAGCAUGACCUCCCAGCCAGACAAUGACCUCUUACCUGAAGAGGAGGAGGACUGCUCUGAAUCUUGUUCACUGUCUCGCUCCACGUCUUGCUCUGAAUCUUGUCCUAAAUCCUGCUCAGACGAGGCCCAGCAAGCAUCUUACUUGGAGCCAAAAUCUUAUCCAAACUCUUUCCCCGAGCCCCUAAAGACCUCCUACCCUGAGCAACAGAAAGAAGCUCAUCAUCCAACAGGCAGGAGGAUUGAGCCCUCUAAAGCCCAACAAGAAAAGGAACCCUUUACCAUCCACAGACUGGAUAAUGCACAGAAAGUGACCCCAUCUUCCUCCAAUGAGGGUUCCCAUCACAUUCCAAGGCAGAGCAGAGGCCGAGGUCUGCACCACUCUCCUCCGGAUCGCUCUGUCGGCUGUAGGUUGCAUCACUAUGAUGGGCAGUCUGAUGGUGAUGAAGACGCUGUGGAUAAAAGCCCACUUUCUAAAAGUGGGAGACAGUCACCCAGACAACUUCAACACAGGGCGAAGAUGUCAUCGCCCGGCCAUACGGGCUUCUGUGACACCCAAAAUGAGCGGAGUGCAGUGGGUCUGUCUGGUGAAGGCACAAAAGCUUCAGGAGACGCCAUCAGUCUGGCGAUAAAAGACAUCAAGGAAGCAAUUGAAGGUGUGAAGACCAAGACGGUGCGGUCCCCAUACACACCAGACCAACCAAUGGAGCCCAUAUGGGUGAUGAGGCAAGAGGUCAGCCCCAUGGAGGAUGCAUACCCACUGCAAGCUACAACUGACCAUUCCUCCCCUCAGUCCGAGUCUCCGUGCCGCUUCUCCUCUCUUCCGCUCCGGGAGACCGUCAGUCCUCCCAGAGCCGACCCGUGCCGAUCCGUGAACCCACAGCACCAACAGCAGCCCCCCCUCCAGUCUCAGCAGAGAGACGGCGGCCGGGCGCCGCAGACCUACACGUCUGCAGUCCCCAAACAAGUGCAGCAGCACCACCCUGCACAGCAGCCACAAACAGCACAGCAGCCGUCGCCCUCACAGCAACCAUCUGCCCCGGAGACGCGCAGACCUCUUCCUCCCUUUCCCACCUUUGUUGAUGUCCCGGGUCCAUGUGACCCCGAAGACCUCAUCGAUGGCAUCAUCUUUGCAGCCACUUACCUGGGAUGCACCCACCUGCUCUCAGAGAGGACACCCACCAAGAGCGCCCGCAUGCAGCAGGCGCAAGAGGCCAUGAGCAGAGUCCGGGCUGCACACAAGCAGAAGAGCAGGAAAAAGAGCCCUGACGGCGAGGCUGCGACCACCGCAGAGGUCGACCUAUUCAUGUCCACGCAAAGGAUCAAAGUCCUGAAUGCAGACACACAGGAGUCGUUAAUGGACCUGCCCCUGCGGACCAUUUCCUACAUCGCCGACAUUGGGAACAUGGUGGUGCUGAUGGCGAGGGGAAAGAUGGUGAGGUCGCGCAGCGCCCAGGAGAGCCUGGAGCAGACGGACGAGCAGACCAGCAUGAGUCACGACGACAGGAGGCUGUACAGGAUGAUCUGCCACGUCUUUGAGUCGGAGGACGCUCAGCUCAUCGCUCAGUCCAUCGGCCAGAGCUUCAGCGUCGCCUACCAGGAGUUCCUGAGAGCCAACGGCAUCGACCCGGAGGACCUGAGCCAGAGGGAGUACAGCGACCUGCUCAACACGCAGGACAUGUACAACGACGACCUGAUCCACUUCUCCAAGUCCGAGAACUGCAGAGACGUUUACAUCGAGAAGCAGAAAGGGGAGAUCCUCGGUGUGGUCAUAGUGGAGUCCGGCUGGGGGUCCAUCCUCCCCACUGUCAUCAUUGCCAGCAUGAUGCAUGCUGGUCCGGCGGAGAAGUCCGGCCGGCUGAACAUCGGCGAUCAGAUCAUGACCAUAAAUGGGACAAGUCUGGUGGGUUUACCGCUCAGCACCUGCCAGAGCAUCAUCAAGGGUCUGAAGUCUCAGUCCAGGAUCAAGAUGAACAUCGUCCGGUGUCCUCCUGUCACCAUGGUCCUCAUCCGCCGGCCGGACCUCAGAUACCAGCUGGGCUUCAGUGUCCAGAACGGCAUAAUCUGCAGUCUGAUGAGGGGAGGCAUCGCCGAGCGAGGAGGGGUCCGCGUCGGUCACCGCAUCAUCGAGAUCAACAGCCAGAGCGUUGUGGCGACCCCCCACGAGAAGAUCGUUCAGAUCCUGUCCAACGCCAUGGGGGAGAUCCACAUGAAGACCAUGCCUGCAGCCAUGUACCGUCUGCUGACUGCGCAGGAGCAGCCCGUCUACAUCUGAGCGCCCCUCCCUCUGUUCACCUGCUCUUUACCCCCCCCCCCCCCCCCCGCUCUGUUUGAUAUCACUGGACUUGCCUUAAUCUGUACAGCUGACCGUCACGCGAGCAGAAGGCAGAUCAUGGCAGAGUGUUAAUGUGACAUUUUACGUUUGACCAAAGAGAAUUUGUGGGUUUUUCUUGUGCGAAUUUCGGUUGCAGACAAGAGUCAAUAUUAGCUUUGGUUGAAUAGCUGUUAUAUCUGAAUGUGCUCUAACUAUCCAUGGACCUAGAAACCGUCGGGGCCACGGCAGCCGUGGCGGAAAGUGCAUGUACAAUUCUGGUGGGAGACAAUAAAUAAACUCAUUCCACGC